AUGUACGGAUCACAGCAUGCCAUGGCUUAUGUGAAUAAGGGGAAGUACUACGGAGCAAAGGCUUCUAUAAACGUGUGGAACCCUAAAGUCAUGAACCCUUAUGAAUUCAGCUUAGCUCAAAUUUGGGUUACUUCCAAUGCAAAUGGUGAUUUCAAUACAGUCGAAGCUGGAUGGAUGGUCAGUCCGGUCACAUUUGGUGACUAUCGCACACGAUUAUUCAUUUAUUGGACGGCAGAUAACUACCAAAGUACAGGCUGCUACAAUCUCAGGUGUGCUGGUUUUGUGCAAACAAGUAAUGAGAUAGCUCUUGGCACCGUUGUAAUACCCAUUUCCAUCUAUGGUGGGAAGCAAUUCUCCCUAUCCAUUCACAUAUACAAGGACAAGAUCACUGGGAAUUGGUGGCUACAAAUAAACAACAAGGUGUUGGGAUAUUGGCCUGGCACCUUAUUCAAAGGUCUAGCAGACAGUUCCAAUUUGAUUGAAUGGGGUGGUGAGAUUAUGAAUUCAAGAGAAGAGGGCCAGCACACCAAGACCCAGAUGGGCAGUGGCCAUUUCCCAAAUGAGGAGUGGUCAAAAUCAAGCUUUAUAAAAAACAUUCAGGUUGUGGAUGCAUCCUACAGCCUCAGAGACCCAGAUUCCCUUACCCCAUAUGCAGAGUACCCAACCUGCUAUGAUAUAAAGGUAGUUCCAAACAAGAAGAGUGAUUAUGGUUAUUAUUUAUAUUUUGGAGGCCCUGGUCAAUCUCCAACUUGCCCUUAA